UGUGGACGUUCUCUUCCUGUGGAUGUUUUCUUCCUGUGGACGUUCUCUUCCUGUGGACGUUCUCUUCCUGUGGACGUUCUCUUUCUGUCGACGUUCUCUUCCUGUGGACGUUCUCUUUCUGUGGCCAUUGUGCUCUUGUGAAUGUUGUGUUCUUGUGGGCAUUCUCUUCUUGUGGACGUCGUGUUCCUGUUGACGUUCUGUUCCUGUGUAUGUUCUGUUGGUGUGGACGUUGUGUUCCUGUUGACGUUGUGUUCCUUUGGAUGUUCUCUUCCUGUGGACGUUCUGUUCCUGUGGAUGUUCUGUUGUUGUGGACGUUUUGUUCCUGUGGACGUUCUGUUCCUGUGUAUGUUCUCCUCCUGUGGACGUUGUGUUCCUGUGGACGUUCUGAUGGUGUUGGACUGCUGUGUGUCCAGGCUGUUCGAGACGCAUCCUGAGUGCAGAGACGUGUUCCUCGAGUUCAGAGACGAGGAGGAUCUGGAGAAGCUGAAGGCCAGCAGGGAGCUGAGAGCACACGGUCUCAGGAUCAUGUCGUUCGUCGAGAAAGUGGUGGCCAGGAUUGACCAUGCAGAGCGUAUGGACCGGCUGAUCCUGGAUCUGGGCAGGAAACACUUCCGCUACCAUGCCCCGCCCAAAUACUACGCGUUCAUGGGGGCGGAGUUUAUCCGGGCCAUCCAGCCAAUGCUGAAGGGGGGCUGGAGUCCCGAGGUGGAGGACGCCUGGCAGACUCUGUUUCAGUACAUCUUCUGCUUGAUGAAACGAGGUUUCCUGGAGGAGGAGAGGAACCAGAGGAGCUGAGACAUCAAUGUUAUCUAACCCACUGCUGUUCAAAGUGGGGCCCUGGGGCCCCCAGGGGCCCCUGCAACUCCUCCAGAGGCCGCUCAGUGUAAUUUAAAUGACUAUAAGCUGUUAGGACGCAGGAAAUGUGAGGGAUCAUCUGAACAUUUUCUCCUCUCUGCCAUUUUUUUCUAUUGACUCUCUCUGACUAAAAGCAGAAAUGACCAAAUAAGAAGGGGAAGAAGAAGCAAAAACAAAACAAUAAAAUAAUUAAAACUGAAAGUUUUAAAGUUUUUGAAAGUGUUAAUGUGAUAAUUAAAGGUUUAGGUGAGGUGUCCUGAGCUGGUUAAAGAUAGCAGCGACAUGUCAUCUUCAUCGCUGUCAUGUGACUCAGCUGACCAAUCAGAGCCGCUGCUCUAGCUCCCAGACGUCCCUCUUCACUUCAGUCGCAUUUCUGUUUUGAUUUUUAAAAAUCAGCCAAAAGUUCAUGAUAUGUUUUACCUGAGAACUAAAACUGUUCCACACAGCGUAAGUCAGGGCCGUGAGGAGAGAGGAACGACCUUUAUGAUCUGUGUGUUUGAAAUAUCUGUGGAUGUUUUGCUUUUUUCCUAAAUAAAUCCAUAAAUGAAUAAAUGAGGCGUGGCCAGUGGAGUGCAUGAAAUCAGUUUA